GAUGCCUCGGGUGUUAUGAAGAGAGACCCGUGCGGAUUAUGUGUGUCUCAGACAGACUGAGUAAAUGCUAACAAUGGAUAGAUGCAAACACAUUGAGCAUUUGCAGCUUGCUCAAGGGCACUCCGUCCUCAACCCUCAGAAAUGGCACUGCAUGGACUGCAACACGACCGAGUCGAUUUGGGCUUGCCUCAGCUGUCCCCACGUGGCCUGUGGACGGUACAUCAAAGGGCACGCACUGAAGCACUUUCGAGAAAGCGAGCACCCCGUGGCCAUCGAGGUGAACCACAUGUACGCUUUUUGUUACCUUUGUAACGAUUAUGUUCUUAACGAUAACGCCUCCGGAGACCUGAGAUCCCUACGAAGUACACUAAGUGCAAUCAAAAGCAAAAAUCACGCCUGUGUGGUUCCGAGCGGCAAGGUUUUACAGCCGGUGGAUACCGGUGACAAUUCUUACGCCCAACCUCCGCCUGCCAACGAAGAUCAAAUGGGCACCGCCCUUUGGCACCGGAGAAGGGCCCUCAUGGGUAAAAUCUUUCGAACUUGGUUUGAACAGUCACCCAUUGGGAGAAAAAAACAAGAAGAAAUUCGGGAGAAAAUGGUAGCCAAAAGAGAAGUUAAGCGAAGACAGCAAGAGUCGGAGCAGCAGGCGGCCGCUGAGUCGGAAAGCACGCCCCCACGAAAGAGUUUACGCCUGCAAGGCCUCACUGAGGCUGCCACGAUAGAAGUGGUCCCAGAGCAGGUGCCGCUGCCGACUCCAGCGUCACCAGCCAAGGAAAAGGCAGUGCUGCCUACCUCGGAAGACAUCAAAUUGAAAAAAGUAAAUGACUCUUUGAUCAAACGAAGGCCAGUACUAACUCCUGGUGUAACCGGCCUGAGGAACCUAGGAAACACUUGCUAUAUGAAUUCCGUCCUCCAAGUGUUGAGUCACUUACUUGUUUUUCGACAGUGUUUUUUAAAACUUGAUCUGAACCAGUGGCUGGCUGUGGCCGCUAGCGAUAAGGGCCGAUCCUACAAGCACUCAUCCGUCUCGGAGGCGGCGGCACAGCAGCUGAGCGAAGGCCAAGAGAGAGAGAAGAGCUUCGCGUGCUCCAAACACGCGAGUUUAUCGCCAGGCCUAAGCGGAGGUGCCGUGAAAGGCCGAAACAUGGAGCUCAUCCAACCGAAGGAGCCAAGUUCACCGUCCAGUUCUCUUUGCCAUGAAUUGCAUACCCUGUUCCAAGUCAUGUGGUCUGGAGAGUGGGCCUUGGUGUCCCCUUUUGCUAUGCUGCACUCUGUGUGGAAACUGAUCCCCGCUUUCCGUGGUUACGCCCAGCAAGAUGCUCAGGAAUUCCUCUGUGAACUUCUGGAUAAGAUACAACGAGAGCUAGAGACGACGGGAACCAAGUUGCCGGGUCUCAUCCCCACUUCCCAAAGGAAACUCAUUGAGCAAGUCCUGAACGUUGUGAAUAACAUCUUUCACGGACGACUUCUUAGUCAGGUUACGUGUCUCGCUUGCGACAACAAAUCAAAUACAAUCGAACCCUUCUGGGACUUGUCACUGGAAUUUCCAGAGAGAUACCAAUGCAGUGGGAAAGAUGCAGCCUCCCAGCCAUGUCUCGUUACUGACAUGUUGGGCAAAUUCACAGAAACAGAAGCCUUAGAAGGAAAAAUCUACGUGUGUGACCACUGUAACUCAAAGCGUAGAAAGUUUUCAUCAAAACCAGUUGUGCUCACAGAAGCCCAGAAACAGCUUAUGAUCUGCCACCUACCUCAGGUUCUCAGGCUACACCUCAAACGGUUCAGAUGGUCAGGACGUAAUAACCGAGAGAAGAUUGGUGUUCACGUUGUCUUUGAGGAAACCUUAAACAUGGAGCCCUAUUGCUGCAGGGAUACCUUGAAAGCUCUCAGGCCAGAGUGCUUUAUCUAUAACUUAUCUGCUGUUGUAAUCCAUCAUGGCAAAGGAUUUGGCUCAGGACACUACACUGCCUACUGCUACAAUUCUGAAGGAGGGUUCUGGGUACACUGCAAUGAUUCCAAGCUCAGCAUGUGCACUAUGGAUGAAGUACGCAAGGCCCAAGCUUAUAUCUUAUUUUAUACUCAGCGAGUUACUGAGAAUGGACACUCUAAACUCUUGCCUCCCGAGCUCCUGUCCAACAGCCAACACCCCACUGAAGAAACCGAUGCGUCUUCUAAUGAAGUCCUUAGCUGAUCCAGACAGUGGGCUCUUGUUAUUUGUAUAUAUACUUUUUAAAUGGGCUGACUUACGAUGCUGAGCUUCAUUGUUUUUAUUUUAAUUAUGAUCAGUGCAUACCAAGACAUUUUGUAUUUAACUACAAAGGAUUUUUU